UGUGGUUUGGGUUUAAAAGAGGAGUGGCCUCUUAACAAGAUCGUAGAUAGAUGGACCUCGAGCUCAGACCACAACUUCCCCCUGUGACUUUUUUGAACGUAGGCACUAGUCAUUUUUCACAGCUCUGAAAAAGUUUCCAGUCGGGUCAUUCCGCGUUCCGGAUUUGAGAGAACCAUGGUCGGGAGACCCUUACUUGUGGCCAUUCCUCUGUGGAUGACGUUCGGUCAAGCUGCUCUUACAGAACCCGAAACCUGUUACGUGCUGGACGCCAUUCUGUUAGUGUACGGCAUCGUCCUGACGGCUCUCUACUGCAGACUCAAGAUACGUACUUCUAAGGAGUCGGCGGAGAAGAAGGCAAACAACAAGCAGAUGACCGAAGAAGGAAUCUACACUGAUUUGACUUCUCACGCCCAGGACACAUAUUCGAAAAUUGGCUCGAAGUAAAAAACGAAAAGAUGAAACAAAAUCACUGUUUCAUCUCAGUGAUGCGUAUUUCAGCAAAUAGGCAAAACUAGAAGCUUUUGUGCAAUUUGUGACUAAAAAUGAAUGCGUUGUAUAUGCAUUUUUUCCUUGAAUUUCAUCAGGAUUGACAACAAAAUUGAGACGAUAUGCAGCUUGGUAUUUGUAGACUUUAUGAAAGUUAAAAUGCAAAAUAUGUGCCUUGGCUUAUUAAAAGGUUGAUAUAAACCAAGGAUCACUUUGUUCUU